CGCGCUGUUGAACCAGAUGCCGCACCCGAGUCGACAUCAGAAGUGAAAAUUUUUCGGUGGGUGUAAGUUGUUUGCUGGAGCCUUUCUCGGUGGAAAAUUGUGAAAUUUCAGCAGCAAACUCCCUCGAACCCAUUGGAAGACUUUGCAAAGAGACACGUUUCGAUGUCUCGGCGGUCUAGAUAAUGCUUAAACUACCCAAAGGAUUAAAGAAGAAAAAGAAAGGUAAAAAGUCGAAAAAAGAUCAAGAGCUCUUCACCGAAGAGGAGCUAGAGCAAUACCGCCGAGAGCAUCAGGCUCAAGCAUCCUCAGCGCUCAAUUCGGCCGCACCGUCCGACAGUGAAGAUCAACCGGGUGAAAAGUCGGAAAACGACGAGGAAUGGUCUAAGUUUGCAGCGCUUACCACUGGCAUCGAUACAGUUCUCAAGAAGACCCAGGAAGACCUAGAUCGUAUCAAGGAAGCUUCCUUCUACCAGAAAGUUCCCACCAAGGUACAACUUGAGGCGCAGGAACGAGAGGAGCAGCUUCGUCGGGAACAGGAAGAACAGGAGAAAGCUCGGGAAGCCGCCAAAGAAGCCGAAGAGAAGAGGGCUGCGGAAGAGCUCAUCAACGCCGUCGUUGAACUCUCCGAUUCUGAGCCAAACUCCGAGGUCGAGGAAGAUAUCUUCGACACCAACUACAUCGAUGCUAUAGCCUCGGGUGAGUUACCGAUCGCCUAUGUGCCGGAAUCACCAGUGCUAGAGUCAUUCGAAGGUCCAGAUCCGUUCGAUACUUCCUACGCCGAGAAGGUUAUCAAAGGCCCUGAAGUCUCGAAGCGUGGAAAGAAGAUCGUUAAUAUCGGUGCUGCCGUCGAAGUACUAACCGGUCGCGUAGAGAGUGUUUCCACAAGAAAAUCUUCGCGUAGACCACGGCGAGGACCACAAAAUUUGCUGUUGGAAAGCUUCGACGACGCACAAGCAGACGGCGAGGAAGCAAAACCGUCCACGGAAGAGUCUGCCCCACAGCAAUCCAUACUAACUCUUCUCGACGAUACUGACGAGCUCACUAGCGAUGCACCGAUCGAUCUGAGCGUUUCGCUACAUAUAGCACUACAGAAGGAGCAAGAAGCUAAAAAGGAGCAGGAGCCAGAACCGGUCGAACCGGAGUUUAAUCUCGACGAGUUUGACGACCUAAACAAACGUGAACCAGCGGUUGAAGGGGACAAUUUUGCAUUACUUGUAGGUGAGACUAGUCUCGAAGGUGCUAAGAAACCAUCUCGUCCGCCACCACCGCGUCCAUCCACCGGACCAAAAGUUGCGGACGUUGUAGGCCUCGAAGAAGACGACGAUUUAGAACUCGAAGCGGACGAUCCAUUUGAUACGGGAUUUGUUGAGCGUGUUCUUCCUGCUACUGCCAAGGAAGACGACGAUUUCGAUCCACGUGCAGACGAAGGCCUCCAGGAAGAGGAGGACGACUUCGAAUUUGAUCCCCGAGCUGGGGACGAUAAAAUAACCGCCCCGAUCCGAGCGAAAACUCCUGAUCUUUUUUCGGCAGAGGAAAAUUCCCAACUGCAAGUCGGCGGCGGUCUAACCAAAGAUCUACUAUCUGGAAGUGCUACUGAUCUUGCUGAUAUCGAUCAGGCACCUUUGGAACUGCUUGCCACUGACGCGAAUUCCGCAGGAUUCGAGGUUGACCCGUUCGAUACAUCAGCAGUCAACUCGAUUGUUGCACCUGGAAAAACCGAGCUUAAAUUCUUGGAGGAGGAAUUAUUGGCCGACAAACCGAGUGGACUACACCACUCGCUCAGUGAUCCAGACUUUGAUCCUCGAGGCGCCGACAGUGAACCGGACAAGGAAGCCGACGAUUUCGCUUCCAUCGCUCAGCGCAAGUCUUCCUUGUGUCUACAAAUCAACGGAUCGGCUAAGAACAAGACUGUACUCUUCGCUGUUCCAGACUCUGACUUGCUUAAGCUAGACGCUGAUCAUUCGAUAACCAAGAAACCGCUCACACCAUACUAUAACCGAGAGUCUUCGAUCCCGGAGUCGGAAGUUGUCGACCCGUUCGACACAUCGUUCGUACCAAGCACUGCACCGACUCAGGUUGAGAUAAACCUAAUCGAGCAGGAGUUGAACAACGCUACUCUGAAACACAGCUUGUCUGACCCUGAUUUUGACCCACGGGCUAUUACUCCAGUGCAAAAGCCUCCAACAACUCAACCAAACUCAGAUCUGCUCGGUACUCACGAGCACUACAAUCAAAAGGUUCUUACACCGGCAGUGGAAACUGAGCCGGCGGAAAUCGAUCCCUUCGACACUUCGAUCGCUGUCAAUAUCCAACCAGGUCGAACCGAGCUUAAACUUCUCGAGGACGAACUGAUUCCAGCGGCGGCAGUAUCCGCGACCCCGAAUCCGGAUAUUCUCUCCGAUUCGCAGGAAACUGGUUCCAUCUUUGUGAAAGUUUUAACUCCCCAGCCGAGUAACUCCAUUGACGAGACUGACAUCGAUCCGUUCGACACUUCGUUUGCCAACGACUUGGGACCAGGCAAGACUGAAAUCAAGCUACUAGAAAACGAACUAAUCCAUAACUAA